CGGAAACCACCACCAACCGUUUCCCUACGCUCACUCGCCGCAGAGGCCCGAGAGACAGGGAGGGAAACACAGUAGAUUCCCUUCCCUUCCUCUCCCAGGGCUUCAACCCUCCCUCCCUCUCUCUCUCUCUCUCUCUCUCUCUUCUCUUCUCUCUCUCUCUCUCUCUCUCUCUCUCUCCUCGCCUUCCCACCUGUCCGUCUCCGUCCCUGCUUCCUCGCCUCCUCGUCCUCCUCUCUCGCGCCACCCCCUCCACCGGCUGACUCGGAGAGGGAGUCCUGCGCCGCCAAGAGAGAAAUCUUCCGCCCGCGCCUUCCGUUCGCCCGUCCCCAGAGCGCCGCCGCCGCCGCCUACUCUUUUGGAGUAACAUUUGAGAAAUUUUCUGGUUUUUCUUUGAGGGAAAUCAGCGCAAGAACCCGCUUGCCGGCGCCUCCGGUUCCAUGGAGGGAUUCUUGCUCAGCCUGAACCCCUUCCGGUUCAAGCCGCUCUGGCUGGCGAGGGCUCCCCGUAAAUCCCUCUGAAGCCCUAGGAAUCAUCCUCCCGUCCGGGGGUUGCAACAAAUCCCCGGCCGCCGCUCCCUAACCCCUCGAUUUCUUGGUUAAUCUGAAGUUUCCCGUGAAAUUCUUGUGUCCUCCGAGGUUUCUGACAGACACCGGGUUCCCUUCCUUCCCUGAGAACUGAGAACCCUAAGGCCGUCUUCUUUUUCCAAGACUUUCCUGAAAAGGACAUGAGCUUGUUGCGGACGGCGGCCCCUUCGUCUGCGUAGUGCGGUGCCCCCGGGUUGGGUGUCCUUGCUCUUGGCGGCGUCGCAAACAAGAAUGGCGAGGGAGGACGACCCGGAGUUCGUGAGGUGGAGGGAGGAGUUCGUGUCGCAGGUGAGGGGCAGCCGCGUCGUGCACUACUACCUCGAGGACGCGGCCGGCGGGUCGCACCUCGCCGUCGUCGGCACGGAGAGGAGCCUGCGCCACAUGCUCUAUGUGGUAUCGGAGGACUUCCGCACCGCGCGGGGGUGCGACGGCGAUGAUGACGGUGGGCCGGCGGUGUUCGCGCGCAAGUGGCGAUCUCGCCGUGAGGUGGUGGGUUGGCUGACGUCCUUCAUACCGGUGAAGGCACUUGGCUCAAAAUUUUCAAAAUAUGGACCUUAUGUGGAUAAUGACAUUGGGUUAGAUGGAUAUGGUGAAACUGAUAGCUUUAUGCACCAAAAUCUGGGGAAAGACUGCAGCUCAGACAUUACGUGGUCUGGUUUGUUCUGGACAUGUGGCAAGCAGCUUCGCCACUAUCAAGCUUUUUGUCGCAAUGGAACCACGAUAUCCACCCACACUUUUGUGUUUGUCUUGUCAGAGGAAGAAAAUCGCUACCUUGCGUACUUGGAAGACAUGUAUGAAGAUAAGAAGGGACAGAAGAAGGUUAAAGUGCGAUGGUUUCAUCAAAACCAGGAAUUUGAUUGUGCGAUACCUCCUUCCCCCCCUCACCCUUGCGAAGUUUUUAUCACUCCUUUUACGCAAGUAAUCAGUGUGGAGUGUGUUGAUGAUAUUGCAACUGUUUUGACUCCUGAUCAUUAUGAAAAAUGCUCCAAUGCAUUGCCAAGUUCUUCUCUGGUUGGGAUCCGUUUCUGCUUUCGCCAGUAUAGUAAAAAUAAGUUCAAGCAUUUUGACUUGAGAACAUUGCAUGGGUAUUUUAGUCAAGCUGUUGUUCUGUCCUUGAAAAUUCCUGCUGAGCCAGAAAAGAAUGGUGAAUAUUGUACACCUGGGAAAGCUAAGUUUUCAAAGCAGUUUGAGAAGCUUUAUUCAAAAUGUUUGGUUACGAAAAUCUGUGGAGGCCCACUAGCAGACUCCAUAACAUCUUAUCAGAAUUCAAGUAAUAAGCAAUCUCCCGGGAAGCAUCCCUCGAUCAAGUUUAUUGGGCCCCAGAAUCAGCUAAUUCCAACAUACAAUGCUGGUGACAGAAUAGAGAUCUUGUCUCAGGAUAGUGGCAUUAUCGGCUGCUGGUUCAGGUGUACUGUUCUGAAGUCAUGUUCUAAUCAUAACAAAAUGAAGGUUCAAUAUGAUGAUCUCCAAAAUGCUGAUGAUUGUGGGAGAUUGGAGGAGAUGGUACCUGCCUCUACAUUGGCUCUUCCUGAUAAGCUGGGACUGAGAUGCCCAGACCGACUAAGAAUUAGGCCACGUCCUCAACAAAAUAGUUCUGUUGAUGGUGCUGCUCUUUUACCUGGUACUGCUGUUGAUGUCUGGCAAUAUAGUGGCUGGUGGGAAGGAGUUGUCACUUUGGACAACAUUGCGGUGAAUAGCCUGCAAAUAUAUUUUCCAGGGGAGAACUUUUUUCGGGUAUGCCAGCUAAAGAAUGUAAGAAUCUCAAAAGAUUGGGUCAAGAACCAAUGGGUUGAUAUUGAAACGAAGGCAGAUGUGUUGACAAGAAUACCUUCAGAUAGUAUCCGAACAAGGCCACCUGACAAUUCUGCAGUGCCUGACCAAGAGCUUGCAGCUAUCCAAGCAAACUCCAGUAGAGAUAAACAAACAGAAGCUAGUAAUAAGACCUCUCCUUUUGCGGACGAUGAGAAACAAACAAUUCUUGGGAAGCGUCCCAGAGAUGACGAUCCUGAACAGGACUGCAAUAGGGAAGUAGGUGUAGAUGUUGGCAAGACAUGAAGUUUGGGAUGCCCCAACCUCGUUAGAUUCAUGUACAUAGCUAUAGAUAUGGGUAAUUGAACCCCCAAUGGAGGGGUUUUACUAGGUUGCUGAUAUUAAGGAGUAUUGUCGACUCUUUGUCAUACACGAACCUUACCUAGUUUUCUUAUUUUGCUAAUGUUACCAGACACACGGAUUGCAAGCUAAAUGUUACCCUUCCUAGUCAUGCUGUAUAGCAGUCUGAUUGAUCUUUGUUUCUGUUA